AACUCAAGCAACAUAUAAUGCGUACUUAGUUCUUAGUGAACAUUCAAUAUACAUCUUUCUUACACGAGCUCUACGGCAACUUCAAAAGGAAGAUGAAGACUCUCGUUGUCGUCUUUGCCUUCUGCUUAGUCGGAGCAUUGGCUCUCUCAGAUCUCAAAAAAGCCCAAUUGGCACGAUUUAGGACAUCUUGCGCCAUAGAAACUAGCAUUAAUCUACAGUUAAUAGAAGACGUGAAGAGACAAACUAUACCUAUGAACGACGGGAGACUUGGCUGUUUCACCUACUGUAUUCUGAGGAAGAUGGGUAUCGUAGAGGAGAAUGGAAACCUCUGGAUAAAAAAUAAUGUUGCCAGACACCAGCUGAUAGUCUGGGGAAGCCCCUGGCAUACAGCUAGUAAACUUGUCAAAAAAUGUCAAAACAUCACUGGUGCCAACGAAUGUAAGAAAGCUAGUAACUUGGUAGGGUGUUUCAUGAAGAACAAGAGCUCCUAUAAGAGACUUCUACAUAUUACUAAACUGCUAAGUUCUAAUGAAUAAGGUGUCUACGAUUUUAUGUACUACGAACAGGUAUAUAACAACUCUUUCUGCGCAUGCGCUUUGAUGGCGUAUGUCACGUAUGUACAUAUACUACAUAAUUAUGAUUAUAGCAUACAAAAUAUUUUAACAUUUGUAUUAGAAACGUAAAGCAUACGACUUAUAUGAAACAAAAUACAAUAAUGUAAAAAAUGCAAAAUUUUAAUUUUAAUUUCAAUAUUAUGAAAUUUCAAAAUGAAAGUACAUACGUUAGGAUAUAUCGAUAGAUAUAUUUUAUAUAGUCAUGAUCAGCAUCAUUUUGUUCGUAAAAAUUUGAACAAUCCAACUGAAAUUAUGUUAUAACAAUGAAAUAAAAAGUAUAAAAGCAAAA